AUGACGUCAGCGACCCGCGCCCACUGCCUGCUGCUGCUGGUGGCUUCGACCGCCGCCCUGGGGCUCGCCCAGGACGCCGGGCAGUUCCCGGCGGACUUCCUGUUCGGCGUGGCCACGGCGUCGUACCAGAUAGAAGGCGCCUGGAACGAGGGAGGCAAGGGCGAGAACAUCUUCGACCACAUGUUCCACACCACUCCCAACUUAACGACGGACGGCACCAACGGCGACGUGGCCUGCGACUCCUACCACAAGUACGAGACGGACAUCGAGCUCGCAAAAAACAUGAGUGUGGAUGUCUACCGCUUGUCUAUAGCGUGGGCCAGGAUCCUCCCAACUGGGGACAUAAACAACAUCAACCAGGAGGGCAUCGAUUACUACAACAACGUCAUCGAUGGACUGUUGGCAAAUGACAUCGAGCCCGUGGUGACCAUGUUCCACUGGGACCUCCCACAGACGCUGCAGGACAUCGGCGGAUGGCCCAACCCCAGGCUGGCCGACUACUUCGUCGAGUACGCACGAGUGCUCUACGAAAACUACGGAGACAGGGUGAAGUGGUGGCAGACGUUCAACGAGCCGGCCAGUUUCGUGGCCGGCUACUCGGGCAACACCGACAUAGCGCCGGCCAUCAACUCCUCGGGCGUGGGCGACUACAUGGCCGCCUACACGUUGCUCAAGGCGCACGCCGCCGCCUACCGCCUCUACGACGAGCAGUACCGUGCCAGCCAGCAAGGGAAGGUGGGCAUCACAAUCAACGUAAUGUGGUAUGAACCCGCCACGGACGCUCAAGCCGACAUCGACGCAGCUGAACGCAAGAAUCAGUUCUACGCCGGGCUGUACGGUCACCCAAUCUUCACGUCAGAGGGUGACUACCCAGCUGUCGUGAAGCAGAGGGUGGCGGAGAACAGUCAGGCUGAGGGGUACCCCAGGUCCCGCCUCAUUGAGUUCACGCCGGAGGAAGUCGAGUACAUCAAAGGGACGGCGGACUUCUUCGGGCUGAACCACUACACCAGCUACCCCACCACCGAGGGCGUCAGCGGCUCCAACCCGUCCAUGGACCUAGACGCUGGCGCCGUGGCCGGCGACUACACGGACUAUCCGCUCGCUGCCUCUUCCUGGCUCAGGAGCGUGCCGUGGGGCUUCCGCAAGACGCUCAACUGGCUGGUCCAGCAGUACCCAGGGUACCCCAUCUUCGUCAUGGAGAACGGCUGGUCCGACACGGGAGAGCUGGACGACCAGGGGCGGAUAGACUACUACGGUGCCUACUUGGCGGAGAUGCUGAACGCUAUGAAUGAGGACGGCGUCCCUGUAAUAGGCUACACCGCCUGGAGUCUUCUGGACAACUUCGAGUGGGGCACCGGUUUCACGACGAGAUUUGGACUUCACUACGUGGAUAUCACUGAUCCGGAUCGGAAGAGGACUCCCAAGGCAUCUAGUAGAUUUUUAGAGGAGAUAUUCAGAACAAAAACUCUUCCUGCUAAAUAUAUGAGAUAGAUGGUGAAAUAAAGCUA